AUGGCCCCGUGCCGAAGCUGCCGCGCGCCACAUGCGCCGGCGAGGGAGGAGGGAUCUCGAGCCGUCCCUUGCUCGCCGCCCGGCCGCCGCUCCCGCCGCCGCGCGCGCAGGCCGUCGUUCACGCCAUCGCUCGCCGGCCGCCACUCCCGGACGCCGCACGAGCCUCCUCGUCCCGCUGCGCCGCGGCUCCGCCCCUACUCCGGGCCGCCGCACCUCCGCCCUGCCUCGCCUCCGAGCUGCUGCUCCUCCCCCGCGCCGGCGUGCCCCUACCUCGCCCCUCACGCCGGCAAUCCUCUUCCUCCGCCCCUCACGCCGGCCAUCCUCUUUCUCCCCGGCCACACCUCCUCUCUCCCGUCGCGCUCUGCUGCCGAACUCGGCGGCCCUCCGCCCCUGACCUUGCCGCUCCGCUCGAGCAGGCGGAGCUCUGGUUGA